CUUGUGAUCCUCUUCGCUAAAAAGGCCCCGCCUUAGCUUCUCUCUCUGCUCCUCUCUUUUUUUUCCUUUUUUUUCGCCCAUCUCGUUUCGUUUUUUUGGGAGACCAUAUACCAAGGGGCGGACGCUUGGAUACUAGGGUUUUCUAGAGUCCGCGAUCGUCACUCCCGCUUCUAUCUCUCGUUUCUCUUUUUGGAUCCCCAUUCAAACACAAUCGACACGAUCGAUCGCCAGGGUCCGGCUGAUGUGAGGUCAUCCCGUCGGAUUCUCGCUGGCGGAUGGCCGACGGUAGGCGAUAUUCUCUCGAUCCCCAACUAGACAUUACACAGAUUCUGCUAGAGGCAAAAACUCGCUGGCUUCGUCCAAGUGAAAUUUGCGAGAUUCUUCGCAACUACCAGAAGUUGAACUUGGCUACUGAUCCACCUUAUAGGCCUCCUGGUGGUUCAUUAUUCUUAUUUGAUCGAAAAGCACUUAGGUAUUUCCGUAAAGAUGGCCAUAAUUGGAGAAAGAAGAGAGAUGGAAAAACGGUUCGAGAAGCUCAUGAGAAACUAAAGUGUGGAAGUGUAGAUGUUCUUCAUUGCUACUAUGCCCAUGGUGAGGACAAUGAAAACUUCCAGAGACGAAGUUACUGGAUGCUUGAUGGGCAGUUGGAGCACAUUGUUCUUGUGCACUAUCGAGAUGUGAAUGAGGGAAGCAGGUCUGCUGUUCCCCAUUUGUCAAAUACAGAUUCAACCAGAGUUCACAGCAUACAAGGAACUCAAGCAAAUUCAGCUCUUUAUUCUUCACACUUGAAUUCAGCUACUUUUACCUCUGAAGCAUCUUAUGCGUCGAAAUGUGGUGCUGCUGACUGGAAUGGACAUACUCCAUCUUGUAAAUUUGAGAAUGCAGAUUCUGGGGAGGAAUUUGGUGGAGGUCCACGUACGGAUUCUGUAUCUUGUUCAGGAUUGGAGAUGGCUGGAACUGAUGUGGCAGAGGAGAACACUGUAGGUUGCAGUGGUUCCUCACAUCUCUAUCCAAGAGGUUUUGUAAAUAGUGCAGGCUCAAGUAUUGGUCCUUCGUUUGUGAAUCAAGUGCUCCUGCAAAACUUUUUAAUAAGUAAAGACCAAAAAACUCAUGGAGCCUCGCAAGGAGCUGGUUCAUUUAGUGGAGACUGUUUUAACUGUCAUGGUAGUUCUGCUGGGUGGUCAGAUUUUCUUAGUAUCAGCAGAAGAAAUGGUGGCAAGCAAGAGCAGAAUAUUUCCUUUGCACAUCAAAAUUGCCCUGAUAACAUGCAAAGAAGAAUUGCUUCUUCUGCGUCAAGUGACCAUAGCAUGGUUAACCAUGCCACAGAUAAUGGGUAUAAUAUCAUAUCAAGUGCUAAUCCACAAAUUUUUACUGGAGUUGGCAAGAGAAACGAUCAGCUUCAUACCAUGCAGAUGAAAGAGGAGAAUGCUGAAAAUGUAAACAGGUUUGACGACAAGUGCCUUGUGAAUGAAUCGACUCAUAUGUAUCAAAUGUCCCACGAUCACUGUCACCGCAUAGCAUCACAAUUUAAGAAUAACAUGGGCUCUCAAAUGAACAUCUCUGUUCCUGACCAGCCUCUGGAAUAUGAAGCUGAAGUUUCCAAUGCUUCAAAGAAGCCUUUGCAAAGUGAUGCACAUAACACUGAGCAUGGGGGUUUGAAAAAAUUAGACAGCUUUGGGAGAUGGAUGAACAAAGAGAUUGGUAAAGACUGUGAUGACUCCUUGAUGGCUUCAGAUUCCUGCAGUUACUGGAAUGCACUUGAUUCUCAGAAUGAUAACAAGGAGGUCUCGAGCCUUUCCCGUCAUAUGCGUUUGGAUAUUGAUUCAUUGGGUCCUUCUCUUUCCCAAGAACAGCUAUUCAGUAUUGUUGACUUCUCACCUGAUUGGGCCUAUUCUGGUGUUGAAACAAAGGUUCUAAUUUCUGGUACCUUCCUAGGCAGUUUAGAGCCCAGAAACAUCAAGUGGUGUUGUAUGUUUGGUGAACUUGAGGUUUCUGCUGAAGUUUUGACGACAAAUGUUCUUCGGUGUCAAGUUCCUGCACACACCCCUGGACGGGUACCCUUCUAUAUAACUCGCAGUGAUAGGUUAGCCUGUAGUGAGAUUCGAGAAUUUGAAUAUCGUGAAAACGUACCUGGUGUUUCAUUAGUGUUGAAAAGUGAACCGGAAGAUGAAAUUUAUCUUGAAGUACGCUUUGCGAAAUUGUUAUCGCAAGGAUUAGAUAGGAAAAAGUUGUUCUGCUCAGUUGAAAACUGUCCCAAAUGCAGUCUAAAACAAAAGUUGUUUUCCAUGCUAAAUGAACCAAAUGAGUGGAAGAAAAUUGAGGACGACUCAAAGGCCUUUCAAAAUUGUAGAGAUGCUUUGAUCCAGAAGAUAUUGAAAGGUAAGCUAUAUGAGUGGCUCAUUUGCAAAGCUCACGAGGAAGGCAAAGGCCCUAAUUUUUUGGAUGAGGAAGGCCAAGGAGCUAUCCACUUGGCAGCUGCUCUUGGCUAUGAUUGGGCAAUGGCUCCUAUAGUUACCACUGGUGUCAGUCCAAGUUUUCGAGAUACCCGAGGCAGGACUGGGCUCCAUUGGGCUGCAUAUUAUGGCAGAGAGGGGACAGUUGUUGCGCUAAUUAGGCUGGGAUCUGCUCCUGGUGCAGUCGAGGACCCAACAUCAAAGUUUCCCCAAGGACAAACUGCUGCUGAUUUAGCAUCGAGUAGAGGGCAUAAAGGAAUUGCUGGGUACUUGGCUGAAGCAGAUUUGACCAGUCAUCUUUCUUCAUUAGCACUAAAAGAAAGUGUUAUGGAAAGUGUUUCUGCAACUCUUGCUGCACAAAAGGCCAUUGAAACUGUACAAGAUCAAAAUAUAGAUUCUUUGGCUGGAGAUCAAGGAGAGCAGCUAUCACUCAGAGGAUCUCUUGCUGCUGUGAGGAAUUCAGCUCAAGCUGCUGCACGUAUUCAAGCUGCCUUCCGAGUUCAUUCAUUCCGCCAAAGACAAUUAACAGAGAGGAAGGAUGAAGAAGCAGGGAUCUUGGAUGACGUGAUGAUGUUGUCCUCUCUGAGCAAUAAGUUCCAAAGAGUAAGUCACUUCAAUGAAGCUCUGCAUACUGCUGCUACUAAAAUUCAGCAGAAAUACCGUGGAUGGAAGGGGCGUAAAGAAUUUUUAAAGGUCCGUGACCGGAUUGUGAAAAUCCAGGCACAUGUGAGGGGACAUCAGGUUCGUAAGCAAUAUAAAAAUGUAGUUUGGUCUGUUAGUAUUGUUGAAAAGGCCAUAUUGCGCUGGAGGCGCAAAGGAGCUGGAUUACGUGGCUUUCGAGCUGAGAAUGCAAGUAGUGCUGCUGAGCAAGUGGUUGAGAAGACAGAUGAGUAUGAUUUUCUUCGACUUGGGCGAAAACAGAAGGCAGCUGGUGUAGAGAAAGCUUUGGCAAGAGUCCAGUCCAUGGCUCGUCAGCCAGAGGCCCGUGAUCAGUACAUGAGAUUGGUUGCAUGCUCCCGUAAAUUGAAGUUGGAAGAUGAAAAAAGCUCUGCUGCUCAAGUUCAAAAUUCAGAAAAGGUAGAGGAGGAUCAACUUGCACUGAUGAUAAACUAAGACUAACAAUCCCAGGCUGAAUUCGUGACACGGUUGCUUGGCUCUUUUAGAGUUUGAACUGUUUUUACCAACCCAUGUGGUUCCUGUAAGUUUUACUGACAUGCAAUGAGCAAGAUGUAAAG